UUUAAUGCUGUUCACUCAGGAAUGAAAAUGAAAGUAUAUCGUUGUCUGGGCCAAGCCUAUGUCAUAUUGUGUUUACUUCUGCGUUGCGAAAAUAUUAACCUUAUCAAAGGGAAACAGAUAGCCUUUAAACAAUUUUGUGGAUUUAAAAAUCAAACGCGAAAACGCCAGAUGCCCUUUAACAGCCCUGGUAGGGGUGACAAGGCAGGACCUUUACGUUAUACAGACAAUUACGUUUACAAUAUUGCUGAUUGUCUGGGUAAAGGAGCCACUGCUUCUGUAUACCUUGGGAGAGAACGGAAUAAUGGAAAACAAGUGGCGAUCAAAGUUUUCUCGGAGCUGGAAUCCCGGCAGAUCACUCAGGCGAGAAUUCGCGAGACCGAUCUCCUGAAAACAGUCGACCAUAAAAAUGUGAUGCGACAACUGGCAUAUGAAAGAGAGACGGAAUCGAGUCAGUGGGUGAUCGUCAUGCCAUACUGUCAGUGUGGGAGUGUAUAUAACCUAUUAGAGCAACCACAAAAUGGAUUUGGUUUCCAGGAGACAGAGUUCCUGAUAUUUCUUAAGGACAUAACAAGCGGUUUGAAAUACCUUAAUCAAAGAGGAAUAAUUCACAGAGAUAUCAAACCUGGAAAUAUUAUGAAGAUGGUUGAUGAAGAUGGAAGUCCGGUUUACAUAUUGACAGAUUUUGGAGCCGCAAGAGAGUUAGGCGAUGAAGAAACUUUUAUGUCCAUAUAUGGGACAGAGGAAUAUAUUCAUCCAGACAUGUUUCAAAGAGCAGUAUUACGUCAACCAGGUCAAAGUCAGUUUACAUCAUCAGUUGACCUUUGGAGCCUCGCUGUGACAAUUUAUCAUGUUGCAACAGGAAAACUCCCGUUCCAAGCGUUCGGAGGCAGAAACGAUUCCCAUAUGAUGUUUCAAAUAAUGUCUGGAAGAAGAUCAGGAGAUAUAUCCGGUAUACAGAGAGAACCUGGGGGACCGGUUGAUAGAUCGAAACAUUUACCGGAAACGUGCUACUUAUCUAGGGGUUUAAGACGGUUGAUAGAACCUAUUUUAUCUGGUUUAUUCGAGAUUGAUCCAACUCGUGCGACAACGUUCGAUCAGUACUUUCACGCCGUGAGUGACGUCAUAGAAAUGAAAACGCUUAAAGUUUUCUUUGCUCAGACUGCCACACAGAUAGUCCUUUACCUUCAUAAAACGGACUGUUACCGUCAUAUUCAAGAGAAGAUCGCGGCUGUAACAGAAAUCCCCGCUGAACGACAGUUAAUUCUGUUAGCUCACACAGAGCUUAAAGACAUUGUAGAAAUGCACGAACAAAUACAAACAUUUCCAAAAUCCGUCCAAAAUGCUCAAUUAUUCUUGUUUGAAAGAGAUAACUAUGAUUCUCAACGUAUAUCUGUUUCAAACCUCCCUCCAUUUCCGUCCUUUUCUGUCAAUUCGUCGCUUAGCAACGAUUCUUCUGUUGCUAAGAAAUGCGCCGCUAUUGCAUGUUUUAUUGAAUGGAAGACCAAAGAGGUCAAAACCUUGCAGAAUUAUCUUCUAGAUGCAAAACUUUAUCUUAGGUUGUAUGUGCAACAGACAUUAAGUCCUAUUGAGAAAGUAGUACCGGAGUUAGAUAAAGAACUUGGCAUUACAAAAAAGAGAUCCGACUGUAUUUGUAUAUCACAGACAAAUGUAGACAAUUUUCUAAAACUUCUAGAAGUGUUGAAACCAGACAGUGACAGUAUUAAACAACUGCAGAAGGUUGUGAAAUCGUUUUGUUCAGGAGAUAGUUAUAUAAUUGAAAUUACGACAAAGACAAACACACGUUGUGAGGAAAUUAAGUUGUAUUUGAGUGUGCUAGGACAGAGAAUGCAAGAGGGAUCAACACCAAGUCCAACAGAUCACAUGGGUUGCCAUGAGGAAGACCACUGUUUAUCUAGGGUUGAACAUAUUCGACAGGGCAUUCAGACUGUGUCGAGUACAUUUUCAAAACACAAGAAAUAUGGAGAACUACACCCACAUGAAAAGUUUAUACACAAAGUGGAAAGAGAGAAGCUUGAAGACCUCUGUGUGAAGAUUGUGUCUCUGUUUCAAGGUCACUGUCUUGACAACUUAAAACGUGUCCACAAUGCUGUUAACAAGCAGUUAAGUGUUUUGCUUAAGCAUCUGACGCGAGCUGGAAAAGUUGAAACAAACAUCAAAUGUGUGGUUGAGUGUCAGACCCAGAUCAAUGAAAAACUUGACAAAAUGGACGAACGUUAUAAUUCUGUGUCGGAGUUAUUGAAGACCAAUGCCAAGGACAUUUUGGAAAACCCCAGUGUUGUUUCUAAGAUGGCACGACGGGAACCGAGUGAGUUCACAGAGACUUCAUGUGCUUCUACAUCAGAACAAGGAGAAAAGGCAGCGCUAAUGAGAUGUCUUUUAUCAGAGGUUACAAAACUAGGAACAGAAAGGAAUGAACUGGACUCCUUAAUGGAUACAAACACACAGUCACUUCUUGAAAUAAAGAAAAUGCUGCAAGAAACAAGUCGUUUAAGCUUAACUUCUUUCCAAAAUGACAAGAAGUCUGUUGAUUGCACAGAACUGUCCGAUUCAAAUGGAGCCUGCGGAUUUUCUUAACCGAGGUUCGAGACAAACACAUACAUUACAAGACGCAAACGUCAGUGACAUAUGGAAAGUUAGGAUUGUGUAUAGACAGAGUGGAAAUAAAAGCGUGUGCAUCAUAUCAUUUAUGACGGAAUUGUUUGUCUUUUGGUCUAUUCUUAUCUAUUCUUUCUUCUUGUCUGAAUUUCAUUGUCUUAUAUCUCGCUAACAACAGGAACACGUCUGCCGACUUCUAGUGAGAUAAAUCUUAUAUCUCGCUAUUCUAGUGAGAUAAAUCUUAUAUCUCGCUAACAACAGGAACACGUCUGCCGGCUACUAGUGAGAUAAAUUUUAUAUCUCGCUAACAACAGGAACACGUCUGCCGACUUCUAGUGAGAUAAAUUUUAUAUCUCGCUAACAACGGGAACACGUCUGCCGACUACUAAUGAGAUAAAAUGAUUACAUUUGUCAUGCGGAAUGCUCCUGGAGUAGAAGGAAAAUAUACGUUUCAUACUAAAUAUGACAUGUUCUCAAGAUUGAAGGAUGAAAACAUGAGCUGUUACUGUUAUGACGUCACCGGUGUGCAGAAUUUAAUAACAGCAUGAACAACUAAGUUGGAGUGAAUUGUAGUUUUAAUUGUAAUUUGGGAUUUUGUUACAUGAGUGGGGUUGAAAAUAUGGAAAAGGUAUCUUCAUCAGGCGAAAUUUGAUAUGACUUCUUGUAUUUUCAGUAAGGAACAACAAUGUGCCAUGUUGUCAAAUUCAGGAACUUGUUAUUAUGAAUAAUUAUUGUUAUAAAGAUAUUUUGUUUAGAUGAAACUAGGUAGUAUCACUUUCAAGUAAUCUCACUGAUGAUUAUUAAGAUAGAAAAAAUGUAUACUAGAUAGUAGAAUAUCAUACUUUUAUCGCACUUACCAAAGUGGACUCGUGAUGACAUCCGGCAAUUCCCGUUUGAUUACGUAUUCUGUUACUUGUUUCAGUAUUCUUAUGUAGUUCAUACGCGCAACCAGUCGGAGAAUAGAAUAUUACGUAAUCCAACGGAAAUGGCCGAGUGUCAUUUCGGACCCACUUGUGACAUCACUUAAAGGGUUAAGAAUCAGAACAGUUAUUGUAAUCAAUAAAUACCCGUUUAAGAAACAUACUACGUGACUCGACAACACGCCUUUACAGUAAUUUGUAUAAAUCCUUAUGAACAGACUGUAAAAUAUAGAAUGAAACGGCUAUGUUAUAAAUGUACGAUUGUAAAAUGGAACAAUAAUAGAAGAGCCCCGAAAAACUAUACAAACUGAGGAGUAUAUUACGUUUGUACGUGUCAUGACGAAAUAACUGUAGCCUGGGAGGACUACCUGUUGUGUUGUUUUAUUAACUAAUAUUUCAUUUCUCUUUUUUAGUAGUAGAUUCUAGAUUAUAGUUUUCUCACACUUUUCUUGUCAUGUACUGUAUGCCAUAGAAAAUGUAAAACUCAGCACAGUAGACGUUGAAAAAUUCUUAGUUCUGUUUAAUUCACAAAAUAAGAACUAGUUUUGCAUUUCUAGGGCAGAUAGAACAAUUCUUUAGAGACUUAAACAGAGGUUAAAACAGGGUCUCCAUGGUGAUGACAGUAGAAUAUUAUUGUUUAUUUUUUAUUCAUAUGGUCACACAUUUAACUCUCACUAUGGUAUGGAUUUGUCACAGAGCCUGACAAAACACUUACUCGUUUAUUUUAAAAGAUGGUUUUAGUUAGUAUCAUUUAUCUGAUCUUAUUUAUCUAACUUAGAACUACAAAUGUAAAUUGCGACCAUGCAUACUCGAAAACCUUGCCCAACUGUCCCAACUCGGGCGGCACCAUGCAACAUGAAUUAUCAGACCACUGUUAGGAAGGCUUCACUGAGUGUUGAUUGAUCCCGUUGCCGCCUUACAUCCUAAGUUCUUAACAUUCUCCAUUAAAAAAUCUCUUAAUGUUAAAAGGGGUGCUUACCAAAACGAUACUGACAGAGCAGUGCAGAUCAUUAUCAGACUGCACGGCUUAUCAUGAUCUACACUGGUCGCAAAGGUAGAAUCAAUCGUGUCCAGCAUGAUAAGGGUUAAAGUAACAUUAAAAAGGCCUGGUCAGUUGAUUAAAUCGGAAGGUAUAGUCAGAAUAUUUUGUCUCUUUCUCCUGCUCUCUUCUUACUAAUCCUGUCUUUGACUUGAACAUUUUAAGAUUUUUUAUGAAAAAAAGGAAAACAGUUUUGUUUAUUUUAGUUAUGUUUGUGUGGUAACAACGUGCAGUUGUGUAUGUGUUUGUCUCAACCUUAAUAAUACUAUAGGAUUUUCAAAUUAACAAUAUACCCGUCUGAUUUAAGCUUUGGAUUGUGUUAUAUCGUUUGUAUUUGUCUAACUAUUAAGCAGCACAGAAACCGAGAAUCUGUAUUUGUCACUAUAUGUCAUUCAUUUUGAAAUUUCAUAAGUGAACGUGCAAAAAGUGCUUAAAUUCAAAAUUAGUUGUAAGAUUAAGAUUUAUUUAAGUAUGUUUAAACAGACACUUGUAAACGGAAAGGCAUGAAUCCAGUUAGAAUGAAACUAUAGAUAUAUAUGUGUUAUUAUUGUGACUUACAUUUUGAAAUAAAAGAUAUUAGUUUGAA